CUACUGAUUGCUUUUAAUUGUCUUAGUCUGUGGGCGGGCCGUGGUGUCACCUCGGCUUACACUGAGCCCUGGAGAGAUUGGGGGAGUGUGGUCAGAGGUAUGGUGUCUGCUGAGAGAACAACACAGACCGAUUGGAUUCAGCCAUGAAGGAAAUCAUGGCUCAGAAGGAGAAACUUCAGUGUCUAAAGGACUUCCACAAAGACAUUCUGAAACCCUCCCCUGGAAAGAGCCCGGGCACAAGGCCAGAGGAUGAAGCUGAGGGGAAUCACCCCCAAAGAGAAAAGUGGGCUAGCAAGCUUGACUUUCUUCUGUCAGUCGCCGGGGGCUUCGUUGGUUUAGGCAAUGUCUGGCGGUUCCCAUACCUCUGCUACAAAAAUGGUGGAGGUGCUUUUCUCAUCCCAUACUUCAUCUUCCUGUUUGGUGGAGGACUGCCUGUAUUCUUCCUGGAGGUUGCACUUGGUCAGUUCACCUCUGAGGGAGGUAUCACCUGUUGGGAGAAACUUUGCCCAAUUUUUACAGGUAUCGGCUAUGCGUCCAUCGUGAUUGUGUCUCUGCUGAACAUCUACUACAUUGUGAUUCUGGCCUGGGGCUUGUACUACCUGUUCCAGUGCUUUCAGCCAGAGCUUCCCUGGGCAAGCUGCAACAACAAAUGGAACACAGCAAAUUGUGUGGAGGAUACCCUUCGCAAGAACAAGACACUCUGGGGCGCUGCAAACGCCACUAACUUCACUUCCCCUGUCACUGAGUUCUGGGAGCGAAAUGUCCUCAGCAUCUCAGAUGGUAUCGAGCAUGUGGGUCAUGUUAAAUGGGACCUGGCUCUAUGUCUGCUCGCUGUAUGGGUCAUCUGUUUCUUCUGCAUCUGGAAAGGUGUUAAGUCCACUGGGAAGGUUGUGUACGUCACAGCAACAUUCCCAUUUGUCAUGUUAAUUGUCCUGCUUGUACGGGGUGUCACUCUUCCUGGCGCAGCGGAGGGCAUCAAAUUUUAUCUGUACCCAAAUUUGACUCGCCUUGGAGACCCAGAGGUGUGGAUCGACGCAGGGACACAGAUUUUCUUCUCUUACGCCAUCUGUCUUGGAGCCAUGACGUCACUGGGAAGCUACAACAAGUACAAAUACAACUGCUACAGGGACUGUUUGCUGCUGGGAGGCCUGAACAGCGCUACCAGUUUUGUGUCUGGCUUCGCAAUAUUUUCCGUCCUGGGCUUCAUGGCACAAGAGCAAGGGGUGGACAUAGCCGAUGUGGCAGAGUCAGGUCCUGGCUUGGCCUUCAUUGCCUACCCUAAAGCUGUGUCUAUGAUGCCACUUCCUACAUUUUGGGCAGUUCUUUUCUUCAUUAUGCUUCUGCUGUUGGGCCUCGACAGUCAGUUUGUCGAAGUGGAAGGGCAGAUCACAUCCCUAGUGGAUCUGUAUCCAUCCUUCCUAAGGAAGGGUUACCGGCGUGAAAUCUUCAUAGCUAUAGUCUGUUUCGUGAGCUACCUGUUGGGACUUACCAUGGUCACAGAGGGUGGCAUGUAUGUGUUUCAACUCUUUGACUACUAUGCAGCCAGUGGCGUGUGCCUUUUAUGGGUUGCAUUCUUUGAAUGUAUUGCUGUAGCCUGGGUUUAUGGCGCUGAUAAUUUCUAUGAUGCAAUUGAAGAGAUGAUUGGUUACAGACCAAAUCCCUGGAUGAAGUGGAGUUGGACUGUAGUCACACCUUUUCUGUGUGUGGGAUGCUUUAUCUUCUCAUUGGUUAAGUACACCCCUUUGAGAUACAACAAAGUCUACGAGUACCCGGACUGGUCUAUUGGAGUCGGUUGGACCCUGGCCCUCACGUCCAUGAUCUGCAUACCAAUGGUGGUUGUGAUCAAAAUCAUUCAAUCAGAUGGACCCCUCAUAGAGAGGAUCAAAGCAGUGGCGGCACCUGUGAGAGGAGGAGCCAGUUCUCGCCCCCAGGAGUACCAACCCAAAUGCAAUGAGCUGGCGCAGCCGCUGGACCCCAACUGGAACGGAGGCUUGAUGAAGCCCACCCACACCAUAGUAGAAACUAUGAUGUGAACGCUCUCUGUGAGAGGAUAUAAUGACCUGCUUUUCCAUUGCAUAUAUAUAUAUUUAUAUGUGAUAUAUAUAUAUACUAAAAUUAUACUCUGUAACUUUUGACAUAGUCGUAGGACCAGGUUUACAUUGCUACGCAUCUGCACUAGGAGUCCUUGUUUUGUUUUGAUUUUUCUACAGAGGAAGUUACACUUUUCUGUCUGUAUUUUUAAUAUUUUUAUCAUAAUGCUAUUAUAUUACUAUUAUUGUCGCUGUUAAUAGACCGAGAACAGAUCUCAAACAGCAGUAUCCUGAACAUAGAACCAUGCCCGUUCUAUUUUAGCAACUUUUAUCUUGUACAUAUCGAAACCAAAUUAAGCUGUUUAUUUUUUAGAGAAUCGAGAAUCAUGGGAAAACAAACAAACAAACAAAAAAAAACACAAAGGGCUCCGUAAACGCGAGUUGCAAAAAGUGCACAUUGGUGUGCAAGGAUCUCGUCCUCCCCAAACGUGAAAAGUUCAUCUUUUUAGGGAUAGAAGUCGUUAUGCAUUAUUGUGUCCCGACAAACUGUGUAGACUGGAGAUUGUGCUGUCCGGAAGAAUCGAGCCGUUAGCACUGCUUGUUUUCAAUGCACUAUACCACAUAGGACACUACAUUCUCCAUACUGUUGCACCAUUUAAAUGGAUAGUUUACAGAAAAAAAAAGAAAAUUGUCAUCAUUUACUCACCCUCAAGUCGUUUCAAACCUGCAUGACUUUAGUUUUUAUGUGGAACAGGUAUAAGAAUUAUUCAACGUUUUUUCGUCAAUAACAUUUACACUUUUCUGUUUUAUAAGAAUGAAAAUUGACACAAACACUGCAUUUUAAAUUAAAAAUGUAAUAAAAUGUAUGCAUUUAACAGAUGCUUUUAUCCAAAGCGACUUACAGAGCAUUCAGGCUAUCAAUAUUUACCCAUCAUGUGUUCCCGGGGAAUCGAACCCCCAACCUUGCGCUUAAUAGCGCAAUGCUCUACCAAUUGAAGCAUUUCAAGCAUUUGAUUUUUAAAACAUGUUUCAAAGUUCAAGUUUUUGAUAAUGCCAAUGUAAACUAUAAAAAUACAAAUUUGUAAGAACAUUGACAUUGUAUUACGUGUUCAGUCUGUAAGCGCGUAUUGUUUCUUUACGAAGUUACAUCGCCAACUACUGGCCUGGCAUACAUAAUACAGCAUUUUUAGCUGUUUUCGCAGAUAUAAUCUUCUAAUUAGUUCCGCAACAGAAAGGAACAAUGUGAGAGUGAGUAAUUAACAGAACUUAAUUUUUGCACAAACUGUACCUUUAAGUCUGUUUUGUAAACUUUCCGACGUCGUAAGUUGGAAACGGCGCACGAAUUUGGAAAUAUGCAGCACACUAAUUCUUAGCUGUCUCUUCCCACUUCUAAAGAUGCAUUCACAGUGAGCAACUUUUGUAGCAGAGACAAUAGGUGUGUCCAUUCUAUCUGCGCAAUUAUCAGCAAAGAAACUGCGAAUUUAGAGUAAAUCCGGGCCAUCCACUGUGCUGUUCGUAAGUCGCCCACAUUGAUUCAUAGACACCAAACACAUUCUGAUUUUGGGAUGUCAGAAUGUAAAGCUGCCUGGAAAGGUUUUAAAACCACAUAGAUUCAGGGUAGUUUCGUACAUUUUGUAUCAAAUCUGUUUGUUUGUAUUUCCAAUCACAUUUGCCUUUUGUAUUCAAAAAAAUAUCACUGUAUUUGACUGAUCUGUUCAGCAAUUACCAAUAGAUAUCAUACACAACUGUUAAUCAACAACAACAACAAAAAAAGCUUGCUGCGAACUGUAAUGUGCAAUACUUUGUAGAACGAUAUGCAUUGUUUCUUCACCUGUCUUUCAGAAAGUUGGUACUUGGAAGUGUGAAAAUACGUAUGAUUUUUAAGCUGUUGUGAUAUUUCAGAAACAAUGAACAGGGGCCAAUUUAAGCUACCAUGAAUGGUAUGCUGAAUUAACACCAAAAAUUCAAUGCAGAUCUACUUACUGUGACAAUUUAUACUUUUUUAAUUAGAAAGUCAAUCUUGAUUCUAAGGAUUACGCCAAUGUUAUGGAUUCAAUUUAUUGGAUUUAAUAUGGUUUUUUUGACAUGGCCAAGUUGAAACGGUAGCAAAGGGAGAUGCUCCAUUGAUCUCAACAGCUUCUACUUUGGUAUGCUUCAUUACAGAAAAUUAAUUGUAAAUGUUAAUGUUGAAAGAGGCACAAUUUUUAAGCAAUACAGAGAUUAAUGUGCAGUCUCGGUGUGUUUCCCGCUGUUGUGCAUCUCGUGUAACCCUUCCAGUUUUGAAGAAGCGCUAAAGGGGGCAGUGUUUAUAAAUGCAAGAGAGAAACUUUUUAAAGUAAUGAUUAGAAAUGUUUUAUUUUUUUAUUUUUCGAGGAUGUGUGUAAAAAAAAGCAUGUAUACCGUUAAAAGAAUUUACAGUAACCAAAAAAAGAAGAAAAAAGGAAAAAUGGAAAAAAUAAGUUUUUAUCUCUUAAUAAACAUUUAUCUUUUAAAAACC